AUGGCUGAAGGAGCGCAGACUGCCAAAAGCCCAAUCUUGCCCGAACCGGGCAGGAGGAACGUGCUCAUUACGAGUGCGCUUCCCUACGUCAACAAUGUUCCUCAUCUUGGCAACAUUAUCGGAUCCGUCUUGUCUGCCGACGUGUUUGCGCGGUACAGCAGAGGCCGAGGCCACAACACUCUCUAUGUUUGCGGCACGGAUGAGUACGGAACGACGACGGAGGCGAGAGCUCUAGUUGAGGGUGUCACUCCACGAGAGCUAUGCGACAAGUACCACAAGAUCCACGCCGACAUUUACAAGUGGUUCAAAAUCAGCUUCGAUAUAUUUGGACGAACGACUACCGAACCACAGACUGUCAUCACUCAAGAAAUCUUCCUCAAGCUCAAGGAGAACGGCUUCCUCGAGGAGCGCAAUACCACCCAGCUCUACUGUGAGCACCACCAUGCUUUCCUCGCCGAUCGAUUCGUUGAGGGCGAAUGUCCCAAGUGCGGAUAUGGUGAUGCCCGCGGUGACCAAUGUGACGGAUGUGGACAGCUCUUGGACCCUCUCGACCUGAAGAAGCCUCGCUGCAAGGUCGAGGGCUCUACUCCCGUCACCAAGGAUACGAACCACAUUUUCUUCAAGCUUGAUAAGCUCCAGCCUGAGAUCGAGGCUUUCUUCCAAGAGUCCUCUGUCAAGGGAGCUUGGUCCCCCAACGCCAAGCAGAUCACGGCGGCUUGGUUGAAGCAGGGUCUGGAUGGUCGAAGCAUUACGAGAGACAUGAAGUGGGGAACCCCAGUCCCGCUCCCUGGCUACGAAAAGAAGGUUAUCUACCCCUGGUUCGACGCUUGCAUUGGCUACGUCUCCAUUACUGCCUGCUACACUGACGAGUGGAAGAAGUGGUGGUACAACCCCGACGUCCAGCUCUACCAGUUCCUCGGCAAGGAUAACGUUGUCUUCCACUCCGUCAUCUUCCCCGGAAGUCAGAUUGGCACCCGAGACAACUGGACCAAGCUUCACCACCUUGCGGCGACCGAAUACCUCACGUACGAAGGCGGCAAGUUCUCCAAGUCCCGUGGCAUCGGUGUGUUUGGUGACUCUGCCCAGAAGACCGGCGUGGGUCCGGAUGUGUUCCGUUACUACCUUCUCUCCCACCGACCUGAGGCGGGAGACAGUGAAUUCAAUUGGGAUGACUUUAUCAGCUGCAACAACAACUUGCUUCUGAAGAACCUUGGCAACUUUGUCAGCCGCGUUGUGAAAUUCGUCAACGGAAAGAACUACAGCAACGUCGUGCCCAACUACACCGAGUACCAGGAUGCCACCAUUGACGAGUUCAAGGCCGAGAUCAACAAGCUCCUCGCGCAAUACCUCGAAGAGAUGGAUGCUGUAAAGAUCAAGGCCGGCUUGGCCACCGUUCUCUUCAUCUCUCAGGCCGGCAACGCCUUCCUCCAAUCCCACAAGCUCGACAACAAACUCGCCGAGAACGAACCGGCCAAGUGCGGUGCCGUCGUCGGCCUCGCCCUCAACCUGAUCCACCUCCUUGCCGCGGUCCUCACCCCCUUCAUGCCCGACACCGCCGCCUCGAUCCUCGACCAGCUCAAGGCCGAACCCAUCCUCAUCCCCGACACCUGGACCGCGGACUCCAUCAAGCCCGGCCACGAGAUCGGGAAGGCCGCCUACCUCUUCGGCAACAUCAAGCCCGAGAAGGGACUCGAGUGGCGCGAGAGCUUCGGCGGUGACGAGGUGAAGAAGGCCAAGGAGGAGGCCGCUGCCAAGAAGGCGAAGAAGAAGGCGGCUAUGAAGAAGCCUAAGGGGCAGAAGCCGAAGGUGGAUAAGAGUGCUGAGGAGGCGGAGGCUGCAGCUUUGGCUGAUGCGACUGAUGAGGAGUUGGCGAAGAAGGCUGCUGAGGUGACGCUGAAGGCGGCGCCAGGGGCUUAG